GUCGCUUUGAAUAAAAAGUCGUCGCUUGGUCGCUAAGGCUUUAAAAAGGUCGCUAAUAGCGACUAAAGUCGCUUAGCGGUAACGCUGGCUCAGAGAUCUCCGAGCUAAAAAUGUAACAGAAUUCUUUUUUUGACAUACACGGAGAAAAAUGAUCGGUUAAAAACAACGUAAAACUCGUGUAAAAUUAACAGAGAAGAUUGUUAAUAUAGCACCUGCAAACUAACCCCGGUUAAAAUUACACGAGUCGACUCGGUUAUUAAAAAUUGUUUAAUUUUACCCACUUUCUCGGUUAAAUUUUAAUUUAAUCUCAAAUUUUAACCGAGAUUCUUGAUCAAUAUAAACAAGUUAAUCGGUUAAAAUAACCUUCUAAAAUGGUAAUUUUAAACAAUUUAACUUAACCGAGGCGACUACGUUGAUUUUAGCAACGAGAACUACGUAGUUUUUAGCCAAGACUACGUUAUUUUUAACACAUUUCAUUUAACCCACUACUCGGUAGGUCCAUUAUUUUUCUGCGUGUAUAGGUACAGAAACACGCUCGUUGUUCUAAAGAUGACCCGAUCCUUCUUUUUAUCGAUAACCUUGCCUUUCAUUGUGGACAAGACAGCAUAUUAUUCUGCCGUGACCCGUGAAUCAAAUCAAAUAAUUAACUGUAAGGGUGGGUUUGACGCCCCUUCAUAAACCCUACUGAUUGUGGAUUCUACUGAUAUAUUACUUUAUGGAAAAUUCCCUUGAAUUAAAAUUAUUGUAAUUCAAAAAUUUCAAGAACUAAAAUCUUCGAUAACCUUCUACUCAAAUUGAAGAUCUUACAAUCAGAAAAUUUUCUUGCUCAAAUCUGAUGCUACUUCUUCUAUUGCUGUAAUCAUUUAGAAUAAGAAGUAAUGCAUUUUAUUUUAAUCAAAUCAGUUGACGAGAAGUCGCAUUAGCGUUCGCAUAGUAUGUCUUUUCGGGCCUUUUGAUUACAGCAGUGAAAUACAAAUAUUAAUCAUUUGGUUCUCUUGUUUCUUUAGUGUCUUAUCUCAAUACCAAACGGAAAAAAGUAACAUGAACAAAUUAUAUUCUGAUUUUACAUUUUAAAAUCUAUAAAGUUUGAGUGGAAAUAAGAUUCAUUUGACAGAUAAGAUAACAAAAUGAAUAGUAAAUUUAUAAAGUUAUUAUGCAUGGUGAUUGUGCUAGAAAUUUCGACCAAUGUCCAUGCUCAAUAUUCAAAUUCGAUUUUAAAUCAGCUUUAUAAGCAUACAGAUGAACCUAUACAGAUCCUUGAGCAUGGAGAUAGUGAAUACAGUUUUAUGGAUUUAGAAAUGGAUACUCCUAUCAGGUUUUAUAGUAAAACAUACAGUCGACUUUAUAUAAAUACAAAUGGAAUUUUAACAUUUACCAAAGAAUUUCCCGAAUAUCUCAAUCAAGAAUUUCCAGCGAAUAUUCCAUCCAUUGCACCAUUUUUUGCAAACGUAGAUACAUCAGCUCAAAAUGACUCAACCAUCAUCAGUCUCUUCGAAUCACAUCAUCGUGAGAAAUUACAAAAGGCAAAUGAACUUGUUCGCAUAAUAGUUUCCGAUAAUGCAUUUGAAGCCACAACAUUAUAUGUGGCUACUUGGGAGAAUGUUGGAUAUUAUGAUAAUCAAACAGAUAAGUUGAAUACUUUCCAGGCUGUAAUAAUUUGCAACUCGUAUGAAACAUAUGUUCAGUUUAUUUACCCGAAAGGAGGCAUCAAUUGGAUGCAAGUUGAUUCUUCGGGAUUUGGGCUACUUGAUCUUCCAGCUCAAGCGGGUUUUGUCUCGGAUGAUGGAAAAUACUUCAUGAUCAAUGGAUCCGGAACUGAAAAUGUUUUGCAUUUCAGUGAGAUGUCUAAUAUUGGAAUCGAUGGUGUUUUCUUAUAUCGUGUUGGUCUGCUUAGUUAUGAUUCAAAUAUUUCGGAUGAAGAUAUUAAAAAAACUAUCAAUGAUAUUGCUCCCCCAAUGUCUUGUGCGGAAGGUGGUAGUGAAAAAUGUCAUUCUAGGGCUGCUUGCGACGACAUAUCAGAUGGAUUUUGUUGCAAAUGUUUUAGGUGGUACUACGGAAACGGGCUUUCUUGCAUCAAAACUUCAGUUCCUUUUCGUGUUUCUGGAUUACUAAGUGGCGAAAUUAAUAAUCGGCCUAUUGAAAAAUCUGCGAACAUUGAAUCUAUCAUAGAUUUGAAAAAUGGUCUUAGUACAACUUCUAUCAAUUCGAUCAGUGACGAAUUGGGAUCCCAGUUAAAGUUGGCUCUGCCAGUUUUUAGUUCUAUUGGCUGGCUGUUUGCAAAACUAUUAUCCCCCAAAAUUAUGAAUGGCUAUCAAUUGACCGGUGGUAAUCUCGACAUUAGCUCUGAAUUGAUUUUCGAGUCUGAUGAAAUACUGUAUAUCAAUCAAAACUAUGAAUUCAGAAAUCAUCAGCAGACAAUUAAAAUUGAAAUAAACGGACACGUACCCCAGGUUAAGUUUGACGAGCAUAUUAAAAUUCCUGGUUUCAUCGAAGAACUGAAAUUCACAUCCCCUUAUUCAAUUUCUUCAACUAAAGACCAUCACAUUGAGAUUCCAUCAAAGAACAAAACUAUCAAAUUUCAGUUAAACCAAAAUAUAGUAUAUGAUGAGUCAUUGCACUCAUGCAACAACAACUCCACUGAUCUAACCGAAAAAAUUUCUUUCUUAAAAGUUUCUAAUAUCUCCUAUGGCUUGGAAAGUGGAACGCAUAAACAUUCCCUUGUUACCAAAAUUGGUGAUGAUGCUUCUCUCAAUCCUUGUACCAGUGGUUUAGCAAAGUGCUGGGAGCUUAGUAAAUGUGUCCCAAAUGAGGAAUCAUAUGAAUGCGUUUGUUAUAUUGGAUGGAUGGUGAAUAUGACCAAAGAGGGUGGAGAGUGCGUUGAUAUUGACGAGUGUAAAACCUACCCAAAUGCGUGUGCUCAUGAUAAACAUAGUUAUUGUGAAAAUAUUCGCGGUGGCUAUACAUGUUUAUGCAACGAAGGUUACGAAAAUUACGGAGCUGGCUGCUACGGAGACAAUAUUUAUGAAAUUUAUGAGGACGAUAUAAAAUCUUCUACAAAAGAAAAUACUUAUGAAUACGAUGAAUGUAGAAAAGAUGGGAAUGAAUGUGAAUGCGCAGUUCGAACUUCUACAGGCAAAAUAUGGGAGGAAGAUUGUUAUUAUAAUCCAAAAUUAUGUGGCGAUCAUGCUUCUUGCAUACGAUCUAGAAGUGAUCCAGGUUUAUUUGAAUGCUUAUGCAAUUCUGGUUUCUAUGGCGAUGGAAAGCUUUGUAAAAAGGAGCAUUGUCAAAUAAAACCAUCUAUGUGUGAUACAAAUGCUAAUUGUCGGCCGUUUAAUGGUAGUUUUACCUGUGUUUGUAAUCCUGAAUAUCGUGGAAAUGGAACUUUAUGCCGAUUGCGCCGAGACUAUGGGGCUACUGAGUUUUUAGCUUGCAUUCGGCGUGAUGGCUUCAAAAUCGUACGCGUAAAUUUGGAUGAACAAGUUAUUUCUACGGUUGGUGAAUAUGAAUAUGCCAAUAAAUUUGGAUUUGACAUAGAUUGCGUUGAAAGACGCGUCUACUACUCAGUAGAGCGCAAAAUCAAGAGCACAAAUUUUGACGGCACAGAUAUUCGUGAUUUUAUAACUAAGGAAAUCCGUUCGCCAUUCGGAAUUGCAAUUGAUUCUGUAUCUAGACGUAUAUAUUGGAGUGACGAUUAUAGAAAGACAAUAGAGGUAGCUAGCUUGGACAAUCCGAAGAUGAGAACUGUAUUGCUACAUGUAAAUACAAAUUUUAAUCCACCUACAUACAUUGCCGUCGAUCCAAUUAGAGGAAAACUUUAUUGGAUAACUGGUAGCCAACAAUUACUCAGUUUUAAAUUAGAACAAUCAAGAAUAGAAAUGUCUGAAUUGGACGGCACCGAUCGUGAGAUUCUUUUCGAUUUUCCAAAGAAAUCUAUAACCAGUUCGUUGGUCUUACUUCCAAACAGUGAAGAGCUGUGCUUUGUCACUCAUGAUUAUUAUGAUGGUUCACAAAUACAAUGCAUAAAAACGAAUUCGAAGGAGAUACGAACUGUUGCGAUGAAUUUGUCAAACAUAGAUGCACUAACUGCCACAGAUGAAAGUUUCUAUUGGACUGAUCACUAUUCGAUGACGCUUGAACGUCUCGAUUUUCAUGGCACCCGUCAUCCAGCUACACCUUUUAUAGAACAUAUGGAAAGCUCAGUUUUUUUUAUUAAAGAUGUCGAUUACAAUUGUCUUCAAGGAUUUAAUCCAUGCCAAAUAAAUAAUGGUGGAUGUCCAUUGGGGAGCAUUUGUUUGCCAAACCGAAACUCAUCAUCUAAGAAAAGUUGUAAAAAAUUAAAGAAUUUUUAAUUAAAUAUUUUAUUUUUGACUUUUUUAAAGUUUUAUGUUGUAACAAUGAAUUACUUAACUACUAAUAAUAUGCUACUAAUCUAUGGUACUAUCAUGGUGAGUGAUAGUACCAGUGGUCUAAAACCUGGCCAAAAAUAUUUGGGCACAUUUUUCACAUCAAAUAGGUACCAAAUGACUAAAAAGUUAUUUAGAAAGAACAUUUUUCAUUUUCUUGGUAUAGUAAAACCCACUUAAGUGCUUACCUCCCGAUUAGCCGUGAACAAAAAUUAUUAAAAAUCAAAAAAUGCACAUACAGUCCUGUGACCUGUGCUAUAACUUUUCCGAAAGCUCGUUGUUUGUACUUUGUUUUGUUUUUUGACUCAAGUUGUUUCAUGAGUUUUUUAGAAAUUAAGUUUUAAAGAUGAAGUUUAGAAAAAUUUUUUUUUUGUUAAUUAAGUCAUUCUGUAUAAAAUUUUGCAAUAUCAUGGACCUUUUUAAUCAUUAAUUAAUGACCUGGUAGUUUUAAGUCAAAUACUAAAGAAUUCAUUCUAAUAAAUAACAAAGUUCCUAAAAAAAUAAAAAAAAAAAAACGGAUUGCUCACUUCAAAUUUCAAGGUGUGUUUAAUAUUUUAUCGCUGAAUGUGCACUAAUAAAGUUCUGAUGCAAAAAAUUGUUAACUAUUAUCGUCGUUCUUUUGUUUAUUAAAAUAAAAUGCGCGAAAAGAUUUCA